CUCCCUCCACGAGAGGGACUGGAGCUGAAGGAGGAAACCCUUCAACUCCCUCCACGAGAGGGACUGGAGCUGAAGGAGGAAACCCUUCAACUCCCUCCACCUUCUUCAUGGUCAGAACUGGAGAAGAUUCUGAUGGAGACACUGUCUCUCGUGAAGAUACAAGCCGUCUCGUCUGCUCAGAACAUCGCCGAGAUAAAAAAUAGUCUGGAAAGAUUAGAAGAUAGAAUCGGAAUGUUGGAAUAUAAAGUUGACUCUCAAAAAGGCUUGAUAAAGAAAGUGCAAGGGGAUCUUACCACGGUAAAGGGUAGACAACAACAAAUGACAUCUGAAGUACGGCUCAUCUCUCUCUACAAGAUGGUGGAUCAGACCAGCUAUGCGGACGCUGGCCGUGAUGCUGACCUCAUCGUGGAUGGACAGUUCAUAUUUGACAAACGUGCCAUUGAAAGCAUACAGACGUACCCGAAAACUAAUAAUUAUAGCCCCAACAACAAACUGACCAUUCAUCUCGGCGGACUUUUCCGCAUCCACCGAGUAAAAGUCUGGAACGUAAGAUUUUGCUGCCAGGAGCAAUUCGUUGGAACUCGGAUUUUUGCUGACGUUCAAAUGAUAGGUGUAGCAAUAAGUGCUAAACCCAUUUACCAGUUCGAUGUACCGGAGAGUGACCCGACUUAUGCCAGAGAGAUAGUUCUACACCAGAAACUUGCUAAACACUUACAUAUCCUUGAAGUUCAGGUCUGGGGCUCAGGACCUUAUGAUCCGGAAGACCUUUUCGCUUAGGCUGUAAAUGAUUAUAGUCCUCUCCAGUUUGUAUGUGUAAUGUAAUCUUAGUCUUUGGUUUAUUUUUAUAAAGAAUUAUACUUCUACCAUCACUUUUAU